UCCGUGCGAGCUUAAGCCAAGGCCAGCUCCAUCCGUCUCAGUCCCGCCGCCGCCAGGGUAACAGGCAUCGAUUGUAUCUACGCGUCCGACCCGACUUCAUUCGGCUGACCAUCCAUAUCAGUUACUGCUCGACCUCUUUUCUUUUCGUUCUCCGGCCAUUUCAGCUUCCUUUUUUUUGGGACUCACAACUCUCCACUACAUCCCUGUCCAUUUGCACCAGUCACUCACUCAAUUUUCCGUAUUGGCUUCGUACCUCCUGUGCGACUAUUCACAAUCACCAUGACGUCUAUCGGUACUGGUUAUGAUCUUUCGAACUCGGUAUUCUCACCGGAUGGCCGUAAUUUCCAGGUGGAAUAUGCUGUCAAAGCUGUUGAAAAUGGGGGAACAGCGGUUGGCAUCAGAUGCAAAGAUGGCGUUGUACUGGCAGUGGAGAAGAUCAUCAGCAGCAAGCUCCUCAAGCCGGGUGCGAACAAGAGGAUAGCAACUGUUGAUCGCCACGUUGGUAUUGUUUCGGCUGGAUUAGUCCCCGAUGGUCGGCAUUUUGUCUCUCGAGCUCGAGACGAGGCUUCCUCAUGGAGAAACGUCUACAAAGGACCCAUUCCAAUCUCCGCUCUUUCGAACCGGCUCGGCAGUUACGUACAGGCCUACACACUCUACUCAAGUGUGAGGCCCUUCGGGGUGACCGCUAUUGUCGGAGGCUGGGACUCCGAAGCAGAGCUUGCCGUUGACGGUCAGGUUGGAAGCGGGCCCAAAGCAGGUUCCGGGGGGAAAGUUGAGGGUGCGAAAGCUGGAGGCCCAGGCUUAUACAUGAUUGAGCCAAGUGGUCUGUACUGGGGUUACUAUGGCGCCGCAACCGGGAAAGGUAGACAGGCGGCAAAGGCUGAACUGGAAAAGUUGGACCUGGGUGCUGGCAAUCUCAGCCUCGUUGAUGGCGUGAAAGAGGCAGCUCGGAUCAUCUAUGUCGCCCAUGAAGACAGUAAGGACAAGGAAUUCGAGCUCGAAAUGACUUGGAUUAGUUCGCUAGACGGCCCAACACAAGGAAGACAUGAAGAGGUACCCGAAGAGCUCCUCGAAGAAGCAGAGCGGGCGGCGAAAGCGGCUCUCGAGGGAGAGGAUGAGGAAGAAGAUGCGACGAAGGGCGAUACUAAUGAUAGCGAACGCAUGCAAGAGUGAAGUUAAUGGGGUCCCAGCCGGUAUACGGGUACGCAAUGCCCGUGAGGCUUGACGACCCCGGCUUGCCUCCUGCCUUGCGAGCUGUCAUGACAAAUGACAUCGUUCUUGCCUGGCACCAGCAUAGUAAACAACCACCUUCAUCUGAUAUGAGCUUUAUUGUCUGUAGCCCUCGACUAAGAACAAGAAGACGUCU